AAAUAAUUUGUUUUUGUCACGACGACGCGAGAUAAGUGUUGUGUAAGCAGUGUACAUCUCGUUCGAUAAGGAGUAUCGGAAUUUGCACACCUGUAUUAUAUCUUAUGACUCACGGGUUGAUCGGAAAGGAAAGGGACUAUUUUCGGCAUCGAAUCACGUAUAGGCUGCGUCUCGACGAUUAGAUAAGCAGCAGAUGCAUAAAUACUAGGAGAUGUGGACUACAGGUCGGUAGUAGUCACUUCGAAGACAGGUGUGAAACUCUUGGUUUAUUUACUGCGUCUGGGAGAUGGAACAAAUCAGAGGAAACAUGAAGAUAAUCACGAGAUUCAUCAUUUGCGCGUCCCUUGUGGUUCUUUCAAGUCAGUCGACUCCGGUCGAAAAAUGCAAGGAUAGUCCAACACCUAAGGACGUCAGAAUUGACGGGUGCACCGAAACCCCGUGCUCGCUCGUCAGAGGUACCACCGUUACCGCCGAAUGGGAUUUCUCCAUCCUCGAAGAUACCAGGGCCCUGAAACCCCGCGUCCGUGCCACCGUUUUGGGCAUGACCGUCAACUACCCAUUCCCCCAGAAGGACGCCUGCAGCACCCUGACUAACGCCAAGUGUCCCUUGGAAGCCGGCGAGGACGUCACCUACCAGCUGAGCAUGCCUAUUAGCAAGAUGUACCCCAAAAUUUCACUCACCAUCGAGUUUGCUUUCCUCGACGACAAGGACAAUGUGGUCACGUGCUUCGCCGUCCCAGCUAAGGUAACCAGCAAAUAGAUUCCCAUACACAAAGGACCUUGUUUAGCCGAUUUGGCCGACUUCGAUGUAUGCGAAUAAAAAUGACAUUUUUAUCAACAUCGAGUUGUUUUGUAUAUUUCUGAAACCUCAUUUCCAACGUAUAUAUGUAUAAUACACGAGCAUGAAGCAAUAUUCGCUGAAAAAAAUAAAAGGAAAAGCUGGAAUACUCGCAAAGGAAUCACGUGAAGUCUGCCUAUAUCACAGUGAGUAAUUAGUUGCAUGUAACUGGCUCCUAUCGCUGAUGUAUCGUCGGGAAGUGCGCAUCAGGACAAUAGAGCGUGUGUGUGAGAGAUUGAAAAAUAUAUGAGCAAUGCGAGGCCUAUAUAACAGUGUCAACAAGUGCGAAUCGGAGUUAGUAGAUCGAGGCGAAGCGACCAGUUGUCUACAAGCUAUACUGUUACUGCUACGAGUGAUUUUUCCGAAGGGGUUUUUCAGAGACGAUCGAGAGAAAUCUGAAAGCGGAGAACGACGUUUAUAAAUAACGAAAUGUCCAAGUUCAUACUUCUUCUUUGCAUCGCCUUUUUGGCUCUUGGUAUGAUGUUCUCCACUGCCGCUGCUACCGCUACUGCGGCUACAGCCGCUACAGCCGCUACAGCCGCUACAGCCGCUACAGCCGCUACAGCCGCUACUGCCGCUACGGCUGCUACGGCCGCUACUCCCGCUACUCCGGCCGCAUGAGAUGCAUAAUUUUGUAGUAGCAUAGAUAUAAUGUGAUUAAAAAUCCAAUCAUUAAAAUUUGACCUACGCUAUA